ACUCAUAUUGUAAAAAUAUUCUUGAGCUUCAUUCUCAGUUUAUAUUUUGGAGCUGCUUGUCAUUUCUGAAUAAGAUAUAAGGUGGUUUUUAGCCACGACGGGUUUUGAUAAAGAUAUGGACAGUAAUGAUUCUUCUCAAUUAAAGCCCAUACCAUCAUCUAAAGAUGAAAUAAAGGUAGAAUUUAAUGAGAUUAUCAAAAUGGGUGGUGAAAAUGCAGAACAAAUUCCCAGGGCGUCACUUCUUUAUUUUAUAACUUCAAGUAUGAAAAUCCAACGCCAUUCUAAAUCUGCAAUGAUAUUGCUUGUUGGAAGUAGUGGAUCUGGUAAAUCAUCAACAAUAAAUCAUUUAAUGGUAAAUGGAGAUGAAAUUCCUGUUGCUAAGACAAAUAAUUAUAAAUCAUCUACGAAAACAACAUCUGAGUAUAUCAUUACUUUUGACGAACCCGAGUAUGAAGUGAGUGAUUUAGUUUUGAGUGUUAUUGAUACCCCUGGCUUCAACGAUGGCGAUGGUGUUGAACAAGAUGUGUGCAAUAUUGUAUCUGUGAAAAAAUACUUUCAAACACAUCCCGAAUUUUCUUCGAAAACAAAGUUUUAUCCAAAUCUUGUGUUCAUAGUUGACAAAGCCAAUAAUAACAGAAUGAAAGGAAUCGAUAGCACACUUUCAAAAUCCUUGAGAGGUGUCAAGAUGUUGGAUGUUGUUGACAUCAGUCAUCCCAAUCUCGUCGUGAUUUUAACACAUGCUUGUUCUGUUGGUUACAACAACGUGAGAAAAUGGCAAGAGACGAUGCAAGAAAAGAAAAAUUUUGUGUCAGAUCUUGUUUUUCAAACUUUGGGAGUGAGGGCGCCAGUCGUAUUGAUAGAAAACAAUCCUGAUGAUUAUGGACUUGAAAAGAAUGGAGAUUUCACAAAUCUUCCAAGCGGUGAAAGACAACCGCUGAAUUUAUACAAUGCUUGCCUUAGUCUACUCACAAAAGGAAGAGAUGGAAAAGAAAAAAAAGAUAAAUUUGGCCACAUGUUGUUGAAUGCUGCAUUUACACAAAAGAAAAAGAAUCGGCCGACGAAUGGCCAUGAAGUUAAAGCCAAAAUUGCAAGAAAAGAGCCACUAUCAGUUGAGGAAUUGAAAUUCGUAAAAGAUUUUACUGAAGCUGCUGAAGAAGGUAUUACCAAGUCAAUUGCCAAGUCUGCAAUGGAAUAUAUUUCAGAGAACAACAUUCAGAGAAAAUCUGUGAAAAAAGAACUUUUAGACCUCGUGGAAACUAUGAAUGCCAUGGGUCUAUCGGAUGAUUCAAAAUUAAAGCGCACAACAAUCAGUAAAAUUAAAAAUCGUCAUGGCAACGAUAUCACUGAGCAUGGCCUUCAAAUGUUGGAAAAGAAAUUUGGGAUAAAAUGCGGAGACUUUAAAUCAUUUCAAGAAGCUGCAUUUAUUGGUCAGGGAUACAACCUUGUCACCGAUGACGUUGUUUCAUCUCAGGUUUUGAAACUAUCCCUCGUUGAUAAUAAACAAUUUGGCUUAAAAAUUCCUGAUUGUGCUCAAAUAUUAAAGUCAAAUGAAACUGAAGUUAAUGCAAUACAUCUACAGAGGAAUGAAAGCUCCAUUAAAUCACGCCUUUCAGCCUUGGGGCUAAAUGUGAACAUGGCACAAAAUAUAUUAAUGAUGGUGCAAGGGUUUGAUGUAGAUCUCGAGUUUGGUGUAGAUCUCAGCAUGCAGAGUCAAGAAGACGACUUCCAAUCUUCGACCAAUAAAAGGCAGUUGAAAGAAGUGAGAAUAGCAAAGAUAAGUUUAAAUCAUUUUGAUUCGAAGAAAACAGCUUUUACUGAUGGGUUUCUGUCUGCUGUGGAAAAUCUACCAACUGAAAAUAUCGAGGACGAGAAUGUGAUGAAGGAGUUUAACGAUUUUUUCAAUAGGUUCGGUCAGUUUGUCAUCACGUCUGCUUAUGUGGGGGGAUCAGUUGAAUUUGAUAGUCACUAUGAUACGACGAAAUUCUCAAAACAAAAUGAAAACAGUGUCGGCGGUGGUAUUGGUGCAUUUAUUACAAAAAAUUCUGGUAAACGACAAAAAAUAGUGAACCAGGAAAGCAUCCAAGUCUCAAAAACUACAUCGACUCAUUGGAGAGGUGGGCGUUUAGACUUGCAAGUUGAUGGUACGUUGCAUUCAGAAGAAAAAUUCUCUGAAUGGAGGACAUCUGUUGCUGAAGAUCCAGUGUUUUUGAAAAAUAAAUUGCAAUUGCUACCAAUUUAUACGUUAGUUGGAAUGAUUGAUGGAAAGAAAGGAAAUCUUACCAGUCAAGUUUUUGAAAAAAUGUUUUACAAUCAUGAUUUCUACAGAGAAAGGAAGGAUUCCAGCACGAGGAAGGGGUCGAGAAAAAACCCAAAUACUCCUAAAUUGUCCAAAAUAAUCAACGCCAUUAUAAACUUUUUAAAAAAAUUCAUUGAAGACAAAUAGGAGUCGCAAUGACGAAGCACACCAAAGCUCAAUAGAAAUAUUUGCUAGGAAAGAAAGGGUUAAAGUGCAGGCUAAAUUGUAAUUUUCUUUUCGUAAUUCAUCCUUUUAUAUUUGAGACAUCACUGUGUAUUUUCACUUUAAUUAUACCAUUAUUGUUUAAUUAACUGUAUAUUUAAUUCAUUUUGCAAUGAAAACAGAAUAAGUAUGCCAAAACAUGUAUGCAACAAAAGUUAUAUAAAAAUUGUCACUUUGA